UGUAUUUGAAGCUACAGAAUCAAGUAUUUAGUAGCUGGCCUAAGACACGUUGGUGAGCUAAAGUGUUCAGAGCGAGAAUGCCCACAGAAAAACCAACCAAUCAGGAUGCGGGGUCAUCUAUAAAUAACCUGUACGGUCACCCACUUCUGGAACCGGAAGGUCUGAAAAUGCUGAAAGAGAAAUGUUCUUUCUGUCAGGCGGACAGUGGUCAGCUGAAGAAGUGCACGCGGUGCACAUUGGUGCACUACUGCAACCAGACGUGUCAGGCGUCGGAUUUUGGGCGGCACAAGGACAUGUGUGAGCGCAUAUCCCAGUUUUUGACAGCUAGACAACGGGUCAGCCAAAUUUUGCAGCCUAUGAUGUUCAGCUUUCCUGGAGGGGUCAGUUUUUUCAUCGCAAGCAUACCUGACACAAUACGAGCUCGUAUUCUAGGUCAAAGGUCACCUGUAUUAGUUCAGGUGACAGAGAUCUCCAUGGAAAUCUGGACCAAGUCCUUGACCUUCACCGUACGGGACGUAACAAAUUACACGGCAACCAUUUUCUUCAGACUGGAAGACCGGGAUCAGCAGCAGGCCCUGAGGUAUCGUCUGCUGAAGGACGCCUUUAUGUUGAUCCUUAAGGCUGCCAUGGUGAUGACCUCAGACAAGACGUGUCAGGUCACAAUUAGUGACCUCAGGCAGGUCAUGUUUCUGGGGCUCAACACGUGAAACGUCACGUCAUCGGUCACGGCAUUUGUUACGUCAUAUGUGAACUGUGACGUCAUCUGUGACGUCGGUUGUGAAGUGUGAUGUCAUUUGUGAACUAUGGCGUCAUCUGUGAACUGUAGUGGCAUCUGUGACGUUUUGUAGCUAGUAUGGAAGUGA